UCAAACUAAAACUGGCAGGUAAACAAACGUGAAUUACCUUUCUUAGUUAAUAAUUAUUAUGUGUUGUCAAUUUCAGUGGCUUAGAGAUUUAUAUUUGCAUACUACUACAGUGCUACUUAUCUAUUCUAAAUUCUAGCUUAUGAUCUAGUAUACAGUAGUUGUGGUGCAUUUUCUCUAUAUGAUGUGCAGAGCAAUUUGUUCUUCACAUGUUAGAAUGAGAAGUGGCAAUACAGUUCUCGUUUUUUGUACUAGAUUGGCUGCAUGUUAUCGUUCAUUCUCCUUUGUCUUCUCUAGGAGGCAAUAAAACUUAAUCGAUCCCCCAAUUCUGUCUUUCACGUUUUCUCUACCUAUUUAAGUAGAGAGUAGUAUAAGUUUUUCUAUAUCAUUCAUGCAUGCAUUAGUUGUCCUAGCUAAGAAACAUGUGGUGGUUAUAACUUCAUUUUAGGGCAUGGUUGAUGUCUCGUCUGCUGAAAGAACAUCUUGCACCAAAGAUUUUGUUCGUUUAUUGCUUUCAUAGGGGGGUCUAUGUAAGGAAGAAUUACACAAAUAGUGUUAUAGAUUUGGUGUAUAUGUAGGGCUUAGAUGCAGUUGGCUUCUAUUUGAAAUUUUGAGGUUUUUGAUAUUUUCCAUAUAUUUUUCAAUCUUCAACGGAGUUUAAACUUUAUAAAAAUAAAAAAAAUAAUUUUUUAAUUUGUGUUUUAAGAGCACAGAUUAAGAAUUUUGAAAAAAAUAAAAAGUUAUAUUUAAU